GGGUGAACGAUGCUGAAGUAUUCGUCUAACUGGAUGUCAAAGGUCUGUAAUCCUGGCACAAAUUUCUGGAUGUUGACACCUGCCUGCUUAACUUUGAGCUGGAUACAAUGGAACAACAUAAUAAAAAAGACCUGUUAAGACCUGAAGCCUCACUGUGGAGCACAGUUCUCACUGCAAAACAGUUCUUAAGUUUAAGGGUUAACUUUGAAAAAGACGGCCUGCAGUUACCAAAGAGUCCAGUAGCAGAUAAGGAAGACAUCAGACGUGAGAUGACGUCUGUCUGUAACUUUACAGCUGGGGAGUUUCAAAGCCAGACCCUUCUUGAAAGAUGCAGGAGCGUAGGCCACUUUAUUCAGUCUGGACGGUCCAGGGACAAGCGACAAUCCAGGAAAAGUGCCUCCACUGAUGCCGGUGAGGUCAAACAAUGCACUAGGCAGAUAUCCCCAGUUGUUGAUAUCCCUGGCAUUGCUGGGGGCACUAACAAAGAGACGUACCUGGUUCCUUCUUCGUGCCAGAGCAUUUGCAAGGACUAUAAUGAUCUGCACAUCGCCGGGGAUCAGGUGAUGCCUAUUAGCUCGGCCAUCGCUGACUUGACUAUUGACAGCGGCUUUGCGUAUGCAGACGGUCCCUUCCUGCAGUCUUGUCAGAUCCCUCCUGACAUGGAAACCCCUAGACCUUCCCUUGAGUACACACGGAGGCCUCCGCAGGGAGAUUCCUCCUGCUGGCGGGUGGGCAGCAUCAAGGACAAGAGCAUUCUCCAGCACUGCCGCCCACUUUCCAACUCCAUGCUGAACAACUACCUGGAGCAGAAGAUCAUGGAGCUCUACAAGCAGUACAUGGUGGACAGCAUGCUCAACAGCAACUCCCCAACCAAGAUCAUGGCCUCAGAGCUCAUCCUCACCAAUGUGGACCAGAUCACCCAGCAGAUCUCACGGGAGCAGAACAUGGAAACCACCAAAGCCAAAGACAUGGUCAUCAGUUGCUUGCUCAAGGUUGCCAGUGGGAUGCAAUCGAGUGAACUCAGUACCCCCCAGUUACAGAUUUCCAGUGACCACAGCCUGAAGUGAAAUGGGAUUUGUGUGUACACUACACCCAGAUCAUUAAUGUGCUUAGAGGUCAAGUGGACUUAAAGACAUCUCAAUAACAAUCCACCAAACCACUCCAUUUUUUUUUUUUAAAAACACAUAAUGUUUCCAAAAUUAUAUUAAAGAUAUGUAACAUAAGUAACAAUAUUGAUUUUGUUUUUUGUUGUAAUCACCAUAUAUUCAUUUAAAAAUAAAAACAAAACAAAUAAUCUGUCAA